CGAGGCCAAACAGCAGGCCUUUCGUAUUGCCUGCCGCACUGGGCGCAUGCGCAUCCUCAAGGCCAUCUAUGGCGACCAGGAAUCGGCCGAACAGUUGGGUCUCAAUGAGGACUUUUUGGCAGACACCCUCAAGGAGAUGUGCAGCGAUGCGCAGUCCUCGGAGGGCUUCAAGCCUGCGAAGAAGCACAAGCGCACGGACGACGCCAGAGGAGUGCUGCUAAGCCGCACGGAGGCGCAGGCCAUGGUGGCCUGGUCCCGUGGCGCCUCCCGGGGCUUCGCCGCGGCGCCGGCCGCGGCGGCGGCGGCGUGGCUGGUGCAACGGGGCGCCGCGGUGGAGCUGCUGCUGCCGGAGGCGGAAGGACAAGAGGCCUUGUCCAGUCGCCUGCGUGGCCUGGGGUUGCUGGCUGAGUUUGGGCCGGCCAUGUUGGAGACUGCCUCCAGUGAGCGCGCUGCUCACAUCGUGGAAGCCGUGGCCGGGUGUCUUCGAGACCCGGAGGCCUCGGGGCGCAAAGCCGCCGCGGAGACCCUGCUGAACUUCGGCCCUUCGGUGGCAAAGGCCUCCAGAGCCUUGCCACGGCUACUGCGGCUGGUGCAGAAGGACCCGGAAUGCUCGGUGCGGGAGGCCGCAGCCAAGGCUCUCGGCUGCCUGGGUCACGAUGGACUUCGCGCCAUGGAUGGCUUGGGGGAAGAUGUCGAGGUGCAAGGCCUAAAAGCCCUGACCAUUGGCACCAGUGGAAUGGUGGGAACAGUGCUGGCUGAUAGGCUGCCGGAUCGUUUGGAGGCAGCUGAGGCGGAGGACGAGCACGCGCUGCAAAGAAGGGUGCGUGUCGCGGAAGCGUUGGGCCUUCGGUGCGAGCUGGCCACGGAGCGGCAGCUUUUGGCGCUGGCACAGACCUUGCAGCGGGACCCGGAGCAGCAGCUGAGGGAGGCUUGCGCCUAUUCUCUUGGACAGAUCGGGAGAAACAAUAAAGGUCUGACGAGCUUGGCGCGAGCAGCUUUGGAAGUGGGGCUGGAGGACCCAGCAGGCUUUGUCAAAGAAGCUUCUGCGGCAGCACUGAAGAUGUUGCCCCAGCUUGGGGCUGAAGACUUUGAUGUGCCACAAAGCAUAUGGCAAUAAAA